UCCCUCCCCGGAUUUGACAACACGCACCUUGACUGCUUGUAAACAGAAGCUCACACGUGACACCGAGAGCCCGAUUGUCUGCGAGCGGACAAAGAGCGACACAGUCAGCGCAAGCAUCGGGUGGAGGUGAACGGCCAGGUGUCAUGACAACCGGCGGUAUCAAGCAGACUUUCGUCCGUCGUUGGCGCUGCUGUGUCCGAGCGAGUCUGGCCGCUUGAACUUCUUCAUGUCUGGAUCCCAAAUCCGAGCGUGUGGAGGGAUACCGACGUUAGCUGCGUUUUCUCCAGCUCGCACGCAGCUGGCAGCGGGUAAACAAAGCUGGACAGCCUUUGUUUCACCUCCUAAUUUAGCUAGUCGGUUCAUUCGCUUCAGCUGCGCCAAAUUUUACUUUUCUAGCUAACGUUAGCUAACCGUAGCUAGCAGUAGCUUCGACAUCAGAUUUUUUUUCUUUUUCUUUUUUCUUUUAGCUAACGUUAAUCUUGUCCGUUUUUCCACUGGCUGGAUGAGAUGUCAUUCACGAUGGAGGAUAACUUGGAGUCCGAGUGGGUGUCCGUCCGACCCAGAGUCUUCGACGAAAAAGAAAGGCAUAAAUUUGUCUUCAUCGUGGCCUGGAACGAAAUCGAGGGGAAGUUCGCCAUAACCUGCCACAACAGAACCGUGCAGAGACGGACUACUUUUCUCCUGGACCCGCUCCUUGACGGUGCCCCUGCUUGCGCUGUGCUUCUUUCCCCCGGUGCCUCCGUGGCAGAGAAACACGCAAAAAGUAAGAAAGAUGUAGUUUGCCAAGCGGGUAAAGUUAAACCGCUCUCUGUCCCUAAAGGGAAGCCCACAACUAAGGCUGUUGUUGCGGACAAAAAUGCUUUAAAACCCGCUGGUUCAAAGACCUCGGAGUGUGUCAGUCCCACAUUAGGGUCCUGGGAUAUUGUGACACCGAAAGUAAUGGAAAUCGAGAUCCUGGACCCGGUGGAUUUCCAGGUCUCUGCGGAUGAUGCUGACCCAGGGGACGGGUACGGUGACGGCAGCAGUCGUGAGGACUUCAGCUGGGCCGGGGUGUUCUCCUUCCAGGACCUAAAGGCAGCCCACCUCCAGCUGUGCGCCGUCAACUCGGACUUGGAGCCAUGUUUACCCUCCUUCCCCGAGGAGCAAUCCGGCGUGUGGUCGGUGCUUUUCGGCGCCUCGGGGGUGUCGCAGCGGGAGACGGACGCAUUGUGCUACCAGCUGCAGGUGUACCUGGGUCAUGCCCUGGACACCUGCGGCUGGAAGAUCCUCUCAGAGGUGCUUUUCUCCGAGAGCGAGGACACGGACGAGUACUACGAGAGCCUGAGUGAGCUGAGGGAGAAGGGCUAUAAAGAUGCUCUGGAGAGGGCCAAGAGGCGCAUGCAAGAGGUGUUGGAUAGACACAAAGCCAUGGACAGCAUGGUGGAGCUGCUGCAGGUGUACCCCGAGGAGGACGAGGCAUAUGGAGAGCUGCUGGAGGCAACAACUCAGCUCUACCAUUACCUGCUUCAGCCUUUCAGGGACAUGAGGGAACUGGCAAUGUUGCGCAGACAGCAGAUUAAGAUCUCGCUGGAGACGGAGCGCCUGGGUCCUCGCCGAGUGGAGAGCCUGAGGAAAGAGGAUGAGGAGUGGCAGAAGAAGGCUCACGCCGCCGUUCUCUCCAUACAAGACCUGACUGUCAAGUUCUUUGAAACCACGACUCGGGCACAGAAAGCUCUGAAUGAGCGGAUGCGUGCUGACCAGAGAAAUUUUGGCAAGUCGGCGUGGGCAGCGGCGGUUGAACGCAUGGAGCGGCUGCAGUACGCGGUUUCCAAAGAAACUUUGCAGCUGAUGAGGGCCAAGGAAAUCUGCCUGGAACAGAGGAAACAUGGCUUAAAGGAGGAGAUGCAGGGUCUGCAAGGUGGGGAGGAAGCCAUGCUGCGUCUGGACCAGCUGGAGGCCCUGUACUACGAGCUGCAGCUGCAGCUGUAUGAUAUUCAGGCAGAAGUGCUGCGCUGUGAAGAGCUGCUGCUCAAUGCACAGCUGCAGAGUCUACGGAGGCAAAUGACAGAGCGACAGGAUGAGGUGGUGUACUACGAUGCCUUUGAGAGCCCCGAUGCCAUGAAGGGUGACGAAGACCCUGCCACCCCGCCGUCCCCCCUCCGAGAUGAAGAACUCGGCGUCUUACAGCAGAGGACACGGCAGCUCGAGGCCCGCAGGGGCCGCAUCACUGCCAAGAAAGUCUACCUCAAAAACAAGAAGGAAAUCUGUAUUGUCAAUCACAACCAGAAGAUACAACAGCAACAAGGUAGCCAUGGCGAGUCCCUGCAGACACUGCAACAGGGGGGUGAAGCUGAGGAAGAUGAUGAAGCCAAGAGCAACGCCAGAGUGAGCCAGGAGAGGCAGAGGACUCUGGACCGACUUCGCAGCCUCAAACAGCGUUAUCCCGGCCAGGUGACUCUGAAGUCCAGCCGGCUGCGUCUGAGUCAGCCUCACAGCCGGAGGAGAGCCGGACAGCAGCCCAGCACUCACUCGGCCAGCGUUCAGACCGACUGCAUCUCCGAUCUCCCAGAACUCUCUGCUCCUCCUCCGCCCGAUGUCUGCAGCUGCGACAGCGUCUCUUUACCGACAGUUGAACUCGAAAACCUCGACUCUUCACCGCCAUUCCUCUCACUGCCUCCCCUCUCAGACUCUCCAUCUGUUCUUUCCCUGGGUCCGCCUCCUCCUCCCCCGCCUCCCCCGCCUCCUCCACCACUUCCUUCCCCGGAGGAGCAGCUGCAGCAGCAGCAGGGUAAGGGCAGGGAGAAUAAUCCCAGCCCAGUGCGGCACCAUGAGCGCAAGUCCGAAUCGUCCCCUCUGCCCCUGGCGCCGUUCUCCCCUCGAUUCUUUGACAGCAGUCAGCUGCAGACGGCGAGGAAGAAGCUGAAGAAGACGGCCUCGCUGGACUCGUCUCAGUGGAGGAGAGCGAGCUCCCCCAUGGACGAGGUGCUGGCCUCUCUGAAACGGGGCUGUUUCCACCUGAGGAAGGCCGAGCUGCGAGUCCUGGCCCCCGACCCGGACGACGACACCGACAACAUCCUGGCUCAGAUCCGGCAGGGCGUGCGGCUGAAGAAGGUGCGGACCCGGCCGGAGCAGCAGCGUCACGCCAAGGGUUUCCCCCACUCGGCCGACGCUCUGACGCGCAGCAUCCACGAGGCCCUGCGGAGAAUCAAAGAGGCUUCGCCGGAGUCCGAGUCGGAGGACGAAGGCCUCCCGUGCACAGACUGGGAAAACUAGUUUGGCUUAUAGGAAGUUUUUUUUAUGGAUACGUGGAGCCAAAACGAAGAGAAAACAAGCAGACAAACCAGGGUUAAAUCACCUGGACAUACCUUGGUGCAAUUUGUUGUUUGUAAAGAUGGACCACUAAUCUUUUUUUUUUUUUUUUUUAUGUCGUUGCUGUGGCAUUCUUGCCGAGGAUACAACCUCUAACCUCUCAUUAUGUCAGUCUACAUGUCCGAGUCGUACUGUAGCUUGCUGUGAUGGGUUUGUUUUAGGAAGUGAGUAUUUAGUUUUUACGUUUCUCUCGCUUUCAACGACACGGUAAGCAUUCAGACUCUUCACUGAACACGUGUGCUGUACACUUUUUACAUUCAACUACGUGACAACCAUUUCUACUGUAUCUUUCAGUGCAUAAAAGGCCUGAACGUUCAUGCAGGAUAGGCCAAAUCCCACUUGGAGUAGUUUGACAUUUUGAGGGAGAAAGCUGCUGGCUGUAACUACAAAUCGGCGUAUUUCCCAAAAUGUAAAACUAGUUGCUAAUUUGGGUCAUUUUCAUCAUCCCGGUGGAAAGAAUGCAAAAACUUUUGAUUAGUGCAUUUAGCAAAUCAGACAUGCCUGUUUUUAGCAUUUUCUCUUUAGAAAUAAUUAAUAGAUGCAGCAUAUUGAGUAAAGUAUAAUAUAACAAGAGGAGAAGAUUUUGGGGGAAGGACAUACAACUCAAAUUCAAUCUCCAUAAUCUGUUCUGAAAACACAUUGGUUUAAUAAUUGUAGUUUUAACACGGUCAGCAGCAGCUGGAGCAGCAGCAGCAGCAGCGGCUCAUGGAGGUAAUUGGCGCCAGAUUGCUGAAAUUUGCUUCAACUUACAAUAUGUUUAGACUCAGUGUGACUUAAACUUCCAGAGGAUGUCCGUAUCGCCGAUGUCCAUCUCGGACUUAGAAAUCAUAGAAAACUGCAGAACUAGCCUGAUAAUAAUCACGUUUUAAGUUUUCUUCAGUAUCAGAGUAAUCCAGUGAUAGUUGUGUGUACAUCCAGGGGUACACUGCAAACAGGAACUGCUAACCGCUAACUCGGUAUACUAUUUUUAAUGGUGCCAAUUUGCCAAAACUUACUCUAAUGACAUUACACUUCCUGUGUACAUCACACAAAGCAUCAUGGGAAAUGUAAUUGCACAAUUUAGAACAGGAUUCUAAUAAUGGGCGUGACCUAAUCCUUUAUUUCCUGUAUUCAUGCCAGACUUGGAGAGUCUUGGAACUUUGAAAGUUCAACAUGCUGUAGCUGGGAGCGAGAGAGUUCAUGUUAGUGUGUUUUCCAAACAAAGCGUUUACCUGCAGCCCACACAGGCUCGGACUGUAAGAAGCUCAGCACAGCUGGGUCAGAAAUACAAAGUAAACUUGGAAAUGCCAACACUGGAAAUAUUAGCACACACCGCUGUAGUUUUUCAGAUAAAUAUUCAUAAGAAACAUCUGUUGACUUGUGCAUCCUCUGCUUUUCCUCCUCCAAGGAUGCCAUUUUA